CAAACCGCAGAAUAAGAAAAGUAUCUUCUCUACCUCCCCUUCUUCUCGUUUCCCCAUUCUCUCUCCAGGAGAGAGAAAAAGAGAGAGAUAAAGAGAGAUUCAGUGUGUGUGUGUGUGAAGGGUCGGGUUGGUUUGGUGCAAAAAUGCGAGCUUUACCAUUUGGUGAAGCUGGAGGGGUUGUCGCUGCUGCUUCUUCUUUAUCGUCUUCAUCAUCAUCUUCUUCUUCAGUUACUGUAAAUGUCAUCGCCCUCAAUCUGGGCUUCAACAAGAUCCAAUUCCAUUCUUCUCCCACUUUCAAGGCUUCUCUUCCUAACCCUUCUCCUGCUUCUCUCACUCCUCUCUGCAGAUCAGGUCUUUGUAGGGCUAGUCAAAUAGCUGAACUAUUCCCGACUGUAUCGCCUGAGAUUGUGGUUAGAGAGGCCAGAUUGGAGGACUGCUGGGAAGUAGCCGAGACUCAUUGCAGCUCCUUCUUCCCAGAGUACUCCUUCCCUCUCGAUUUCGUGUUACGAAUCGACAGACUGAUAGGAAUGCUGUUUGGAUUCUCCAUACCUAAUGGCUGCGAGAGGACUUGUCUAGUUGCUGUCACUGGAAGCUCGGAGGAGGGUUCUUUUCUAUUAGGAAGCGAAGAAUUCAAGAUUGGGGGAAUUGAUGGGAGAUUGAGUCUCGUCAAUAAGGGUUAUGUGGCUGGGAUACUCACUGUGGACACUGUCGCUGAUUUUCUCCCUCGAAAAGGACCACUGCGGCAAAGAAGAACUGGGAUUGCAUACAUAUCGAAUGUUGCUGUCCGGGAGAGCUUUCGCAGGAAGGGGAUAGCGAAGAAGCUCAUCGCUAAAGCCGAGGCUAAGGCGAGAAGCUGGGGGUGUCGCGCCAUCGCGCUACAUUGUGACAUCAGCAACCCUGGAGCAACAAAACUGUACACAGGGCAAGGGUUCAAAGUCAUAAAAGUGGCAGAAGGAGCUAACUGGCCUCAACCCAGAAUCUCUCCAGAUGUUCAGUUCAGUUUCAUGAUGAAGCUUCUAAACAGUAAAAGGUAGAUAGAAGUAGGAAGAUGAGUCACACAUGUAAACAUGAAGGAAAGAAAUUUGUAUAAAUGUAUAAAGUACAGGGGACAGGCUUCUUGGAUGUACAAGACUAUAACUAGUGUAGUCAUUCCACUCCACAAAUUGAAAUGAUUCUAGUAUUACUAUAUAUUAUCUAUCAUCUUUAUAGGGGACUUAACUCCUUUA